AUGGUAGCAGGUAUGCAGGGAAGAUCGGAGUGCACGAUAUAUGCUAACGCACAAAGUUUGCUGGCCCACAAGGAAGAAAUACACCAUCUCAUCAUGGUGACGAGAAAUCCUGCGAUUGUGGCCUUGACGGAGACCAGACUAACUCAGGAAAUAGACGACGCUGAAAUAAGUGUACCGGGUUAUAACUUGGUGAGGUGCAAUAGUGAUAGCAGGUACACGGGUGGUGUUGUGAUAUACGUGAGAAAUGACGUUAGGUACGAGACUAUACUGACGCGGAAAUUAGAACCGAACUGCUGGACCAUCGCGAUUAAAGUGAAGGAAAAGUGGUGUAAAAGUACAGUUAUGGUAGUGUACCACUCACCGAGCGCAUCAGACACGGACUUCAUAAAUUUUCUAAUAGACGUUGUUGAGGAUCUAAUAACAAAAAGCGAAUGUAUAGUAAUCGGUGACUUUAAUAUAGACUUCACGAUAAAUUCCUAUUAUAAAAAGAGGCUAAAAACAACAAUGAAUAGCAUGGGAAUGAAGCAAUAUGUCAAGGAACCGACAAGGAUUGCACGAGAUAGUAGAUCAAUCAUAGACCUAAUUUUCGCUAAUAAAGAAGUAGAGAAGAACUACAAGGACAGAAAAUACAUAGCCAGAAACUAUAACGAUUUUGAUGUCGACCAGUUUAUUGAAAUACUACAAAAUGAAUUGCAACAAAAUAAUAAUAUGAACGUAAACGACAGAGCAAAAAAUCUAGUUGACAGCAUAGUACAAACAUUAGAUGUAGUAGCUCCAAAAAGACAAGUUAAAAUCCCGAAAAUAUGGGAAGAAAAAAGAUGGUUUAAUACUGAAAUAAGGAAAGCUGCAGCUAGAAGAGAUGAAGCAUACAAAAAAGCAAUACAAGAUAAUACGGAACUGAACUGGUUACAUUACAAAGAAGAAAGAAACAGGGUAGUGAGCAUGAUCAGAAAAACGAAGAAAAAAUACUACGAAGAAACAAUUGAUUGCAAUAAGGGAAAUCCUACAGCAAUGUGGAAGACCCUGAAAGAGAUAAUAAGAGGAGAGGCAAACAGCAUGAAAGAAACAGAAGAUAUAAAUUUUGAAUGCCUCAGCAACACCGAAGAAAGGAAUACAGCUGAUAAAUUUAACCAAUUCUAUAUACAAAGUAUUGACAAUAUAGUAAAAUCUAUAACAAAAAUACCAGACAGCCCAAAAGAAAUUACUAUCAAGGACUAUGAAACGAGGAUAACCCUACACCAGUUUGACGCAGUAUCCAUACUAGAGGUUGAAAAAAUCAUCCGGCAGCUACCAAGAAAGAAAGGCACGGAUGAUAGUAUAAGUACCGACAUCAUGAAGACCGCAUGGCAAGUGAUAAACAGUGAAUUUGUGGACAUAAUCAACAGUUCCCUGAGUAAAGGAAUAUGCCCUAAGGUCUGGAAAACAUCCACGAUAAAACCUAUCCCUAAAAUAGAUCAGCCGAAAAAGGCGAGUCAAUUCAGACCCAUCAAUAUGCUCCCAACAUUUGAAAAAGUUUUGGAACUAGUAGUUAAAAAACAAUUGGACAAAUAUUUGGAGAAUAACAAUAUUAUAACGGAACACCAAUCGGAACUUAGAAAAGGAUAUUCAUGUAAAACAGCAAUUCAAGCAGUGGUAGAUGACUGGAAGAUUACAAUCAGUGAAAAUAAAAUGAUUGGAGUCGUAUUUAUGGAUCUGAAGCGAGCCUUUGAAACAAUAGAUAGGGUAAGGUUGCUAGUGAAAAUGUAUCAAUAUGGAAUCAGAGAUAGGGCUCUUGAAUGGUUUCGAUCGUAUUUAAGCAGUAGAUUUCAGCAAGUUCACUUUGAUAACAAAUGGUCAGGUGAAUGCCGAAGAGAAUUCUUGCAGAAAUUCGCAAUCGUCAAGCGGAAGCUCAAUCACAUAAUAUAUUUACUUCAAAGUCAGGAUCAGAAAUCCCAACCUGCACAAGAAAACCACGAGAACCUGUUACCGGAUUUUCCGCUGACAACAGUACAAGAUUUGAAUGAUUUCAAUGAACGAUUGCAGGAUGAUGGCGCUCAACGACAAUUA